AUGCUGUUCAUCCUCGGUAGCGGGUCGAUCAGCUAUGGAUACACUGCAGCAAUUAUCGGAACGACACUCGGCCAACCGUCGUUCAUCAAAUACUUUGAUCUGGCAACACGCUCCAAUGCCAGUGCUCUUAUAGGCUCGUUAAACGGGGUCUUCAAGGCCGGGGGCGUCAUCGGUACGCUCUUGUUGCCAUUGAUAGCUGAUAGACACGGUCGGAAAGCCGCUUGCAUCGUGCCAUCCAUCAUCAUCAUCACUUCACAAGCACUCCUUGCAGGCUCCGUGCAUAUGGCAAUGUUCAUCGUCUUCCGCUUGUUUGCGGGUUUUGGCUGCUACGCCACCGCAGCCAUCGUCCCCCUCAUAAUGAGCUGGUUGGGCUAUGGCUUUUCAUUCUGGGAGGGCAGUGGGAGUGCGAAUGCUUGGCGCGUGCCUCUGGCAGUUGGUGUUUUCUUUCUUCUGGUUUUCCUCGCAGGCAUGCCCUUCUUACCUGAGAGCCCCAGAUGGCUUUGCGUGAAAGGUCGCGAAGACGAAGCAGAAGAGGCGCUUAAGAGGCUGCACCAACACCCUUCCGAUCCAGCUGGCGAUCUCGCUCGUGCCGAGUUCUUCCAAAUUCGGGAGCAAAUUGAGCUAGACAGCCGCUUGGACAAUUCCUGGUAUCGACUCUUCACCAAGACUUCCUAUCGGAAACGAGCUGGUCUCGCCAUAUUGACGAUGUUUACCACGCAAACAUCUGGUGUACUUCUUAUCACCAACUAUGCGCCCUUGAUUUUCUCGACUUUGGGCUUGGACGCGCAUGGGUAG